AUACAGUGUGUGAAUAAGACCGUUACUGCAGGUACCAGCGUGCUGUAGACGUUAGCAUGUUGUAGCUAGCAGUGUUAUGUAGUGUAGAGGGUCUGUGUGAAUGAGAGACAGCGGGAGGUUAAGAGUAGAUUCAGAAAGAGAGGGUAGCUAGCGGUAGGAGAAUGGCUCUGAUGGUAGGGUUACUUUCAGCCGCUGCUGCUCCUUUUCGCUGGGGGAUGAGGAGAUGUUUUCAGCACUACUCUCUCACCGCUGCUGCUGCUGGUGCUUUACACAAAGUUUCAUCAGCCGGAGUGUAUGCUCACAUUCACAGGGGCCUUGCACUAAAUCUCGUCAAACCAGUGUCUGUAAAUAACUUCUGGUCUUCAUCGAUACUGUAUUCAAAGGACACCUCAAAAGGACCUAAUGGACCAGAGCGGCGAUCGAAUGGAGGAGGAGGCGGAGGAAAGAAAGGAGGGAAGAGAGACUGGAAAAGCCGCUUACAACAGGGUGAUGUUCCAUGGGAUGAUAAUGAUUUCCGCUAUAUGGCAAUAACUGUGGCAGGUGUUGCAUCUGUCCUGAUGUACCUGUACCUCCGUGACCCAGGGAAUGAGAUCACUUGGAAGGACUUUGUCCAUCGUUACCUGGCCAGAGGAAUAGUCGACCAUUUGGAGGUCAUCAACAAGCAGUUUGUCAGAGUAUUUCUAGUGCCAGGAGCAGAAGCUUCAGAUAAUAGCUAUGUGUGGUUUAAUAUAGGCAGUGUUGACACAUUUGAGAGGAAUCUGGAGGCUGCCCACUAUGAGCUGGGUUUAGAGCCCUCACACAGAACAGCAGUGGUGUAUCGCUCAAAAAGUGAUGGGUCUUUCAUUAAGAGCAUCAUUCCCACUUUGCUGCUGAUUGGUUUUCUACUCUUCACAAUUCGCCGGGGCACAAUGGGUGGAGGUGGAGGUGGGGGAAGAGGAGGGCUGUUUGGCAUGAGUGAAUCCACUGCAAAGAUGAUGAAGGACAACAUCGAUGUGAAGUUUAAAGAUGUAGCUGGGUGCGAGGAGGCAAAACUGGAGAUCUUAGAAUUUGUCAACUUUCUGAAGAACCCACAGCAGUACCAGGACCUCGGAGCUAAAAUACCCAAGGGUGCUGUGCUGUCGGGCCCUCCAGGAACAGGAAAGACUCUGCUGGCAAAAGCCACUGCUGGAGAAGCCAAUGUCCCCUUUAUUACCGUCAAUGGCUCCGAGUUUCUUGAGAUGUUUGUGGGUGUUGGUCCUGCCAGGGUGCGGGACAUGUUUGCAAUGGCAAGGAAAAACGCACCAUGCAUCCUUUUUAUUGAUGAGAUUGAUGCAGUUGGUAGAAAGAGAGGUGGUGGAAACUUUGGAGGUCAGAGUGAGCAGGAGAACACCCUCAACCAGCUGCUUGUUGAGAUGGACGGUUUUAACAGCAGUACAAAUGUUGUCGUCCUGGCUGGCACAAACAGACCUGAUAUCCUGGAUCCAGCUCUGAUGAGGCCUGGAAGAUUUGACCGACAGAUUUACAUAGGUCCUCCCGACAUUAAGGGCAGAGCCUCCAUCUUUAAGGUUCACUUAAGGCCCCUUAAACUGGAUCCGAAUAUGAACUCAGAUGCUCUUGCUAGGAAAAUGGCUGCAUCCACACCUGGUUUUACAGGAGCUGACAUUGCAAAUGUAUGUAAUGAAGCAGCAUUAAUUGCUGCCAGACAUCUUAACAAAGCUGUCAAUGCUAAACACUUUGAACAGGCUAUUGACAGAGUGAUAGGAGGUCUUGAGAAGAAGACACAGGUUUUGCAGCCCACUGAGAAGAAGACUGUGGCAUAUCACGAGGCUGGACAUGCUAUAGUCGGCUGGUUCCUUGAACACGCUGACCCACUACUCAAGGUGUCCAUCAUUCCUCGUGGGAAAGGUCUUGGCUAUGCACAGUACCUUCCUAAAGAGCAGUAUCUGUACACACGGGAGCAGCUGUUUGACAGGAUGUGUAUGAUGCUGGGUGGCCGUGUGGCUGAGCAAGUCUUUUUUGGCAGAAUCACCACUGGAGCACAAGAUGACCUGAAGAAGGUCACACAGUCCGCUUAUGCACAGAUUGUGCAGUUUGGGAUGAGUGAAAAGGUGGGCCAGGUGUCGUUCGAUCUGCCACGGCAGGGUGACAUGGUUAUGGAAAAGCCAUACAGUGAGGCCACAGCAGAGCUAAUUGAUCAGGAAGUCAGAGAAUUGGUAGACCAGGCAUACCAAAGAACUCUGAAGCUCAUCACAGAGAAACAGGAUCUGGUUGAGAUGGUGGGAAAGCGUCUCCUGGAAAAGGAGGUGCUGGACAAAGCCGACAUGGUGGAGCUGCUUGGACCCAGGCCGUUUGAGGAGAAAUCUACUUAUGAGGAAUUUGUGGAUGGUACAGGCAGCUUUGAGGAGGACACAAGCCUUCCAGAAGGGCUGAAAGACUGGAACAAAGAGAGGAACCAAGAAGUGGAAACCUCCCAAAAGAAACAGGCAGCCUAAACUGGGAAGAGUCCAGAAUUAAUCACUCAUAUCUGGCUCAGGUAUUCAUUUUAUACUCAGAUUAAUUUAAUCUGUCAGUCAAGAGGAAAGAGUUUAAAGACUUUAACCAGAUGACAUUUCAUCUUUGUGAAAUGUGAUUCAGGUGCUUAUAGAAGAAUUCCAAACGCCAAAACACUCAGCAGUGGUUGCAUAAUAGUGUAGAAAAUCACAAAACCUGAAAUCUGAUGUUUAACAUUUGAGUUGAGAUGCACACAGUGUUCAUGUUGAGGGUUUUAGGAAAUAUAUGGUGGACUGAAAUAUUUACAUAGUGCUUUUUUUAAUCCUCUAUAAAAGGGGAUAAAAAGAUUUUGCUGUAUAUUUAUAUGAUUUCUGCCGAAUGCUCUGAAAUGUUGUGAUUACUUGUAUAACUUUCUGGUUAUUUAAUUAAAGGGGUUAUUUACCCCAAAACAAUCACUAGUCCGAUUCAGUUUGCACCUCAAGUUUGGCAUGUUUUACAGCUGUUCGAAUACAAGAGUAAAGUUUGGUUUUGGGGAAAAAAUUAUUGGUCAAGCAUGAUAGCCGUUAUGGCGAUGUAAAACAACCUUUUGCCUUGAUAAUAUUUAAUAAGCAAUUUCAGUGCCAACAAGCUUCUGACUCCUCUCUUGUGGAAUCUUCACCCAUUCUUCUUAUGUAAAAGCUUCCAGCUCAUUGAAGUUUGAUGGUUUUGGAGCUGCAACAGUUUUCUUUCAAUCCCAGCAAAGAUUUUUAAUGGAAUUUAAAUUGUAAUAAUGAUAAUGUCACUCCAGGAUAUUCUAGGACUGAUUCCUUAACAAAAGAACUUCCAGACAGAACUCUCAAUGGUGACUCUAGGAACAUUCAAAGCUUUUUGGAAAUCAUUUUAUGACCAUUUUUUGGUGCAAUUAAUUGGUCUACUCUCAGCUUUUGUGACAGCUUCUUUAUAUAGACAGUUUUUAUCAUAGCUACUACACACCUUGAGCUCUCGAAUCUCUGGGUGAUGUUUGUAUAAUACAUCUAAUGGUUUAAUCAAGCUGUAACUGCACUUUAGAUCAGACAGACCAGCAGUAGGUUUUAAGAUCAGCAAUAAUAUGUAUCAUUUAAAGCAAAAUCUAGCUCAUCAGAAACGUUUUAAAUCUUGAUUUUUUUUGCAGGGUUGAAUAAUUCUGCUUGCAACUGCAUAUCCUCUUAUUUUAAAUGUCACAUUGAGUUGUAUUGGAAUGCUUUAAACUGCAGAUUAAAGGAAAUGACUCAUGGCAUGAAAAAGACAUUAAACACU